GCCUGGAAAACUCUCGUUCCGCCGCCGCCUCCGCUCCGGAUCCAGCCCCGCUCCACUUGCCUUUCGUAUCCGCACCCACGCCACACGCACCUCGGCAAGGACAAGCCUCCGCCCGCCGCCACCGCCUCCGCCCCGCCUAUAAAGCUCCGCCCUUUGCCCGGCCCGCUCCUCCUCUCCCCGUCCGGGCCGCGCCUCUCGCAUCCUUCCUUCGUCCUCGGUCCGCCCUGGCCGCGUGGUGGUCUCCGUUUCGGCCGCCGAUUCCAAGUCCGUCCGCCAGCUCGUGCCCUGCUCCCUCUCCUCUCUGCAUGCGGGGCCGCGCCGCUCCCCGAGGACGCGGGCGGGGGCUCGGCCAAGUGGCGGGCGACCGGCGGCGGGGGCACCGGCGUCGUGCGCCAGCCGCGCGCGCUCGUCCUCGACUCGUCCCUCUCCUCCUCUCGCGUCCGAUUCAUAUCGACAUGCCCAUGCUGUCUGACGAGGAUAAAGAUGUUAUGAAAAAAUGGGAUGCUCCAAACAAGAUUGACUUCCUAUCUUUCUUAUACAAGGCAUGCAAAAGAUGUGUGGCAAUGUUCUUAUUUCAGAAGUUUGCUCUGCACAAGUGCAACAUGGCUGGAAAACCUGCUGCUAUUACUUGUGUUGUGGACAGUAUGACAGACAACCUAAGGCCUACACGUGCAGAUGCAACUGAUGUGGCAAAUGCAGUGUUGGAUGGUUAG